UCUUAAUUCAUUCGAGUAGUUUGAGACAUUCGGUCAGAAUGAAAUGGUCAAUGAAAAAAACGAUUCUGCCGAUUUUGACCUUUGUCAUUGCAAUAGUGAGUGGCCAAUACGAAGUGCCAGACGCUACGGUCGAAGUUUAUUCACCCAGAGGAUUAAAAGUAUCAAUACCAGAUGAAGAGGGCGUUAAAUUGUUUGCCUUUCAUGGCAAAAUCAACGAAGAAAUGAACGGUAGAGAAGGUGGAACCUUUUCCAGAGAUAUUUUAAAGCCAAAAGAUGGCAAAUGGACUUUCUAUGACCCCACAGCUAAACUUAAUAUCGGGGACAAACUUUACUAUUGGACUUACGUUGAUUUUUUCGACGGCGAACGAAAAUUGGGAUACCCGAAAGACGACCAGUUCCACGAAGUAAAAGAAUUCCAAGUUAAACCAGGUGAAUGUAAACAAUCUCAGACAACACAAAAUGGUAAAUCUGACAAGAUUUGCAGUGGUAAAUUAAUUUUUGAGGAACAUUUCAAAACGUUUAAUCCUGCCUUAUGGAGUCCUGAGGUUAAAUUUGCUGAUGCUCCAGAUUAUGAAUUUGUAAUUUAUGGUAAUUACUCAGAAACAAUGAAAUUUACAAAUGAUAAACUAGGCAUUAAGCCAACACUAGCUGAAGAUGUGUAUGGACGCGACAUCGUGUUUUCUAGUUUAGAUUUAGGUGCAAGUUGCACAGAUAAAUCCAGUCCAUGCUAUAGAAAAGCACAAGGCCAAUUUAUAGUUCCUCCAGUAAUAUCAUCACAAAUUAAUACCAAAGAUAAGUUUUCCUUCAAGUAUGGAAAAAUUGAAGUAAGAGCAAAACUGCCAAAAGGAAAUUGGAUAUAUCCAGAAAUAUUUUUGAAUCCCGCUACGGAGGAAUACGGUGCAGAUUAUUUAUCCGGACAAAUAAGAGUUGCCUUUGCGACUGGAAAUAUGCCAACAAAACUUCAAGGUGGAGUAAUUUUUAGCGAAAAUGAGAAAGGAAGAAGUUAUGGAAUAAAAACUAAAAAAAAUCAUAAAAGAACAGUCCACAAUUAUGGAGUAACUUGGACACCGGAUAAAAUUACUUUUACACUGGAUAAUGAAGCUUAUGGAGAAGUUAUACCACCAAAUGAUGGAUUUGCGGGUAUAACGGGAAUUUUGCCAAAUAAAUAUAAAGAAAUUUGGGAGGAGGGAUCUAAAAUUGCUCCAUUUGAUCAAGAGAUGUAUUUUACCAUUGGUGUUGGAGUUGGUGGUCAUAACUUCCCAGAUUCUGACAAUACUAAACCAUGGAAAAACUCGAAUGCAACUCAAGCCAGAGAUUUCUAUCAAAAUUUAACAACGUGGUAUGAAACAUGGACUCCACAGAGCACACUGGAGGUCGAUCAUAUUAAAGUUUGGGCUCUGUAAUAAGCUUGUGAUAUUUUUUUAUAUUAUUUUAUUUAUCUCACCAAAUAUAUAUUAUUUUAAUACUUAUUUUAU